AGAGAGAGAGACACAGAGAGGGAGGGGAGGAAUUCAGAGUGGAACAGCUGGACAGUCAACAUCUAGCUCGCAGCUGAAAAUCAGUGCAACAGAGAUAUCAGUGUCUCCUUCACUUCCUGCUCAGUACCAACACAGCCGAGUGGCAGCUGCCUUGGUGAGUGUUCCUCUUUCGCCUUCGCAAUCCGAGCCAUUCCCUGCUGGAGCAGUGCUAUCAACAGAAUGGACUUCUACGUACAGUAGAAGACGCGAUUUUCAUCUGCCAAACAAAAGGCUCCUCUGCUAUGUCUGGGAUGGAUAGCCAGGUGAACAGGCUGAACAAAACAGAACUUGAUAGGGAGAGCUUUCUGAGGUUCAGCCCUACAGUACUCAGUACCGGGCAGGCUGCAGCCUCGUCUGGCUACACCGAGAGCAUCUACGUCUAUGUCUCCAUCUUCCUCAGCCUGCUGUUCUUCCUCCUAACCCUGCUCGUCAUCGCCCUCUACAGGCUAAAGAACAUCAUCUCCUCAAGCUCAUCGUACCCGGAGUGUGGCAGUGAGGCAGGGAGCUCCUUCACCAACAUGGAGAUCUGCAGUCUGUCCUCACAGAGGUCGACAGUGUCAUCGCUCUCCUGCUGAGAGAGGGACAGUUACACACACACACACACACACACACACACACACACACACACACACACACACACACGCACACUCAACCAGACUUAUUAUGGUUGUGUUAAAUAAAAAUGACCGUUUUUAAGUUUAAGAUGGAUUUGGCAGUUUUGACAACAUUCCUGCAAAUUUACAUAAUUGAAUUGCAAAUAAAAAUGUUCCAAA